UAUCCAAACCGAACCGAAUCAGUUUGGGUGAACAAUUCGGUUCGGAUCACUUUGGGUUAGAAACAAAAUUCGGUUUUCAGGUUUUUGGGUUUCGGUCCAAGCUAAAUAAAUCCAGAAACUUCAGGAGCAAAAACCAUAAGAAAUUUGAAACCUCUCACAAAGACGCGGGGUUGGUUGAAGCUUGUGAGUUGUGAUACUGCUUGUACAAUUCGAUUGACAACUGUUCAAGAAUCGAAAAAUUAGAGAAUUGGUUUUGAUGUGGGCUCGCUAAGGGUAAAGGAGAAUGAAAGGAAGAUAAUCAAAUUUUGUUUGGUUUUCUCGUCUUAUCUGUUUGCCCAUCAAGUGUUCGACGAAAUUCAGAAUAAAGUUAUUGUAGGUUUCUUGAGUGAGAAAUGAAGGAAAAUUGAGAAAGCUCUGUAGAAAUUAGAAUCCGAGCAUGCAUUAGACGAAUUAGAUAAUAUCUUCACAUAAUCUUACAAUCCCACAACGUUACUCGAAAGAUUGGUGUACCCUGCAAAUAAUUCUGUGUUUACCUCACGUUUAGAAGAAACGAAGGGAAAUUAUGGUUAAUCAGGGGGGAGGAGGAGUAGCGGUUGCGCAAAUACCAACCAGCUUUGGGCAUGAGCUGAGAGCCUGCCUUCGCUGCCGACUUGUCAAGACCUACGACCAGUUUAGGGAAUCUGGGUGCGAGAACUGCCCCUUCUUUCAGAUGGAAGAUGACCAUGAAAGAGUUGUUGACUGCACAACCCCCAAUUUCACAGGGUUAAUCUCUGUCAUGGACCCGACUAGAAGUUGGGCUGCCCGUUGGCUCCGCAUUGGAAAAUUUGCGCCUGGUUGCUAUACGCUUGCGGUCUCUGAAGCACUGAAUCCCGACUUGCAGAAUAUUUGUGAAGAGGAGCAUGUGCCUUAUGUUCCACCCAAACGAGUCUGACUGGCUAGUCGUUUCCCUUCCCCAGUCUACCUGUUAAUCAAGUGGGCUGCUAAUUGUGUCGGAUUUUUUUUUUCCAGACUAUUUGGUCCGAACCUUGAGCUCAUUGGGCUGGCAAAUUUGAAAAACUACUAGUACGCACCAUGGCCAUUCCUCUUGAACUUCAAGUUAUGUAUAAAUGCGAAUGAUUGCAACUUUAAAGGUUCAUUUUCUUUACAUUUGAGGUUAACAUUAAA